AUUUGAGCGUCGUAGCAGUCGUAGGUUCCACGAUUCUGAAACAGCAAACAUAAAUUUCUAGUAGCAAAAUCAGUAAAAUAACCUAAGCUAUAGUCAACCAAUGAACCAAGUCUGUGCCCGCCGAAGUAGCCGAGAGAUAUGCCUGCACGUCUUGUCAUUUUUUUUUCAGAAACAGAAGAAAGAAGCAGUCAAGCAGACGAUCUUAUUCCGUGCUCCGUGCUAUCCAGUUGGGGCGUCCCGCGUCCGCGUGUGAUUCGUCAUUUGCCAUUCUUCAGGCACUGAACGUUUUUUCUCCAAAAUCUACUUCUAACCAGAGCCAGAAACCAAACCAUUUUUCGUCUAUUACAUCUGGUUUGGUUCUCAUCACUUACGCUGUUGUUGAUCAAAGCUCUCAGCAAUAGAGCUGCACCAAUAUCCCGGUGUACACUUUUGAUUGUAAUUCCACAAUGGGAGUUGCCGUGGUCGCGGGACUCGCGGCUAUGGCCGGGAUUUCCCCAUUCAGCGUGAUGCUGGGAGCAUUUACGGUUGGUUACUUAGCCGCCUACUAUGUGACACCUAGGGUUUCCAGAUUGACGAGGAACAUUGCAAGAUCACUGAGGAAUACAGCUGAGGAAGUAGAGAAUACUGUUAACACAGCUUUCUCUCCAUUCGAGCCUACCUCCACUAAUGCCAAUGGCAACCAGCCUCCACAGAGACCUACUGAGAACAACAGGUCAAACUCAGUCCAUGUCAAUCACAGGUUGCUGCUGCUGCAGAGGCGACUUUCACAAAUACUCAGAAAUCUUCGUCAACACAUUCUAGUUUCUGAUACGGACAGAGAUCCCAUCAGCCAAGCAGUGAGACGACACCAAAGGGGAACGUUCCACCAGAUUUACACGACCAUCUCGGAAUUGAUUGCCAAUGGUUAUUCCGCCAGUAUUCAGCGGAGCAAUCAAAGUGAAGUCAAUCUCGUCAUCUCCUCUCCUGACCGCCUGUGGAGAGAGGUGAUUGAGUACCAGUUGGCCGACUAUUUGGACGUCCACGACCAGCUGAUCCACCAAGAAUUUGAGCGGAGGUGGUCGCGCGACGUGUGCCCUACAAUCUUGUCGGCCAGAUUCCAAGGGUCGCAACUCGUCUUGUCUCCGCAGGUGAACCUCGGGGGUGCCACCAACGUCAUCUACGGGAUUCGCUGUCGGAAAUGCGAUCGCCGACUUGGACCCUGUAAUAUCAACUACGUCGGCCAGACUACUCUAUCGCUACGUGAGCGGGUCGAUCAACACGCCUGCGCAGCAGCAAGAACGUUCAUCAACGGCAUUACUGAGAACACACCGUUUCGACCCAUGUACGAACAUGCUGCCGACCGUUCCCUCCAUGACCUACCGCCGGGUAUCCUACCACGGCAGGUUUUCGGUGAAGUGAUGGAAGUGAUCCUUCUGCCCACUGGUAGUGGUGACCUUCGCUCGUGGGAAUGCUUUUGGCAAUUCUUUUGUCACUGCAGGACCUUCUUCUAUGGCUGGAGUCAUCAAUAAGACUUUUAACUUGUAAGCAGCAUCCGGUGGACAGUAUCGCUUGAAUGUCUUCAUUGCCUUUUAUAAUAAAACUAACGCUCUUUUCGUCGUCCGUCGUGUGCCUAAAUUCUAGAGUUCCUCCUUAAAGUCUUAAUAAAUCAUAACAAAAUAAAAA